AUGAGAUCCAUUCUGUGUUACGGUGAUUCGAACACAUGGGGUUUUGUUCCAGGUACAUUUGGCACUCGAGAACGUUUUGAUCGAAACACACGAUGGACCGGUCGUUUACAGCAAUUACUCGGUUUAACUGAUUUCUAUGUUAUCGAAGAAGGUCUCAACGGUCGAACAACUAAUUUAGAUUAUGGAGAUAAACCCGACGGACGACGUGGAACGGAGUUUUUGUCUCCGAUCCUAUACACACACUCUCCGCUCGAUCUUGUUAUUGUUAUGCUUGGAGUAAACGAUUUAAAAAAAGAAUUCAAUCAUCGAACAAGCCAACACAUUACGCAAGGCAUCAAAGAAAUCAUCGAUAUCAUUCGUUCAACUAACUUUGGACCAAAGAUGCAAAAACCACCACCAAUCUUGAUUGUCAGUAUGCCAAAAGUCGUCGAUACGGAUUGUGAUAGUGUGCUAGAGAUGUUUGCACAUGCGAAUGAACGUAUCGAAAACUUAGCUACUGAAUUGAAAACUCUGGUUGACCAAUACGAUGAUGAUGUGUUUUUCGUUGAUGCGUCACCACAUAUUCAACUGAGUCCAGUGGAUGGAAUUCAUUUUGAUAAAAGGGCUCAUGAGCAGUUUGCUUUAUUGAUGAAUGAUACGAUUCGAAAGAUUUUUAAUUUAGCUUAG